AUGCCCCCGCUCGGGCUCCGGCGCGGCAGGGCUUGGGCAGCGCUGCUGGGCCAGCUCCUGCGGCCGCCCCGGGCCGCGUGCGCCGGGCCGGGCCGUCCUCACAGCCAGUUUGCAGAGGCAGUGCUAACAUCCCAACUGAAGCCACAUCAAGAGAAGUCAAAUUUUAUCCUCAAGACUCCAAAGGGCACCAGAGAUUUUAGUCCCCAGCAAAUGGUUGUGAGGGAGAAAAUACUUGAUGUAAUUGUUAGCUGCUUUAAACGUCAUGGAGCAAAAGGGUUGGAUACCCCAGCAUUUGAGCUAAAGGAGAUGCUCACUGAGAAGUACGGAGAGGACUCGGGGCUCAUUUAUGACCUGAAGGAUCAGGGUGGAGAGCUACUGUCCCUGCGCUAUGACCUUACUGUUCCUUUUGCGCGUUAUAUGGCCAUGAAUAAACUGAAGAAGAUGAAACGCUACCAUGUUGGAAAGGUGUGGCGGCGGGAGAACCCAACCAUAGCCCAAGGACGCUACAGGGAGUUCUGUCAGUGUGAUUUUGACAUUGCUGGUGAUUUUGACCCCAUGAUCCCUGAUGCAGAGUGUUUGAAGAUCAUCUGUGAAAUCCUAACUGGAUUGCAACUGGGGGACUUUCUCAUUAAGGUCAAUGACCGGCGGAUUUUGGAUGGGAUGUUUGCCACCUGUGGUGUUCCAGAAAGCAAGUUCCGUGCCAUCUGCUCCUCCAUAGACAAACUGGACAAGAUAUCUUGGAAAGAUGUGAGACAUGAGAUGGUGGCAGAGAAAGGCCUGGCUCCUGAAGUGGCUGACCGAAUUGGGGACUAUGUCCAAUGUCAUGGUGGGCUGUCCUUGGUAGAGCAAAUGUUCCAGGAUCCCAGACUAUGUCAGAGCAAGCAGGCCUUAGAGGGCCUGGGGGAUCUAAAGCUGCUCUUUGAAUACCUGACUCUAUUUGGAAUUGCAGAGAAGAUCCGCUUUGAUCUAAGCCUGGCUCGGGGCUUGGACUACUAUACAGGAGUAGUCUAUGAAGCGGUGCUGCUGCAGGCCCCAGCUCCUGCUGAGGAAGAGCCCCUGAAUGUGGGCAGUGUGGCUGCCGGAGGGCGCUACGAUGGGCUGGUGGGCAUGUUUAACCCUAAAGGCCACAAGGUGCCGUGUGUGGGGCUCAGCAUUGGGGUAGAGCGGAUCUUCUCCAUUGUGGAGCAGAGGAUGAAGACUUUUGGUGAGAAGAUACGGACCACUGAGACCCAAGUGUUUGUGGCCACUCCACAGAAGAACUUUCUCCAAGAACGGUUGAAGCUAAUUGCAGAGCUUUGGGAUGCUGGGAUCAAGGCAGAGCUGCUGUAUAAGAACAACCCUAAAUUACUAACGCAACUGCAUUACUGUGAGGACACGGGCAUUCCACUGGUAGUCAUUAUUGGUGAGCAAGAGCUGAAGGAAGGAGUCAUCAAGCUCCGUUCGGUGGCCAGCAGAGAGGAGGUGGCCAUUAAACGGGAACAUAUUGUGGCUGAAAUUCAGAAGCGACUAUUGCAGUCUUGA